UCACCAUACAGAUUGGAAAUGAUGUUCCGCCAUGUGUUUUACAAGGCCAGCAGAGCACCAAUGGCUCAUUUCAAGAAGCUCCAAAUAUUUAAAGGAUUUUCAGGGAUGUUAGAGGAAAUGGUUGGGGACAGUGACCAGCGCAUCACCUGUCUUCUCUUUUGCGGGCCUCAUUUUCCUGCAUCUCAUAAUUAUAUGAGAGAAUAUGUACAAAACUAUCCAUUUAUCAAGGUUGAUGAUGUUCCAUUUGAUGAUGUGCCUGCUGUUAUUGGCAACUACGAUAUCUGUAUUGUAAAAAACAUGCAGCUAAAUGCAGAUGUUAUCUCUUGUGCAAAUAGGACAAAGCUUAUAAUGCAGUAUGGUGUUGGGCUGGAAGGCGUUGACAUCAAUGCUGCUACAAAGCAUGGAAUCAAGUCGCUAGAAUUCGGUGGUGUAACUGGAAAUGCAGCUUCAUGUGCUGAAAUGGCCAUAUAUCUAAUGUUGGGCCUUCUUCGUAAGCAAAAUGAGAUGCACAUUGCUGUAAAGCAGAAGGUGCUUGGAGAGCCAGUUGGCGAAACACUGCUAGGAAAAAAAGUGUUCAUUAUGGGAUUUGGAAACAUUGGGAUUCAGUUGGCAAAACGCUUGCGCCCAUUUGGUGUGAAAAUCCUUGCUACAAAACGGAAUUGGGACUCGUAUUUGCAAAAUUCAUGCAAGUCCAAUGCAUCACCCACUCAAAUUGGUAUGAAUGACGAUUUGGUUGACGAGAAGGGCGGUCAUGAAGAUAUCCAUACUUUUGCAAGCAAUGCUGACAUAGUUGUUUGUUGCUUGUCGAUGAACAGUGAAACGGCUGGCAUCGUAAACAAAACAUUUAUAUCAUCAAUGAAAAAGGUUUGUUCCCAAUCUGAUAAUGACAUCUCAGAAGCGUAAUGAUAUAUUUUUUUUUUUUUUCAGUG